AAAUGCCUCUCCCUUUUGCACUGAUAUGCUGGCUCCCCUAUUGAGUCUUGCAGUCUUCUGUCAACUGGGGUCGAAGUUUUCCACCCAGAGUACAUUUUGUCGCCCUUUGCACAUCUUCCAAGUAGUAAUGGGACUGGACUAGUAAUCCAGACUGAGAACAGAAAGCAGUAUCAACUCCCAAAGCCCAUCACAUUGUCAAGAUCAAGCUUCGAAGGGUCCCUUGACGACGCUUCAAAGCUGCGGCUCGAACACGAAUUUCCGCGCAUUGUCCGAGUCGUGAUGAGGAAAAGGAAACGUGUGAUCUGGGCUCAGCGCAGUAUAUAAAAAAAAGCCAGCAGCAGCUUCAGGGCCUUGCAGAGACAAGAGAGAGAGAGAGCGAGAGACAGAGUUGGCGACCCUGCUCCGUCCCCGAACCAAUGUCAGCAACAAUCGAGAGGAAAUCGCUGGAAAAUGCAGAAGAGCCAGUGGAUGAGGUUUUACAGAUACCUCCUUCCUUAUUAAUGUGUGGGGGUUGUCAACAGAAUAUUGGAGAUCGUUAUUUCCUGAAAGCAAUUGACCAGUAUUGGCAUGAAGACUGUCUGAGUUGUGACUUGUGUGGCUGUAGACUGGGAGAAGUGGGGAGGAGAUUGUACUACAAACUAGGCAGAAAGCUGUGCCGAAGGGACUACCUCAGAUUAUUUGGUCAAGAUGGACUUUGUUCUGCCUGUGACAAACGCAUCCGUGCCUAUGAAAUGACAAUGCGAGUCAAAGACAAAGUUUACCACCUGGAGUGUUUUAAAUGUGCUGCCUGUCAAAAGCAUUUCUGUGUAGGAGACAGAUAUUUGCUCAUCAACUCAGACAUUGUCUGUGAACAGGACAUUUAUGAAUGGACUAAACUCAAUGGGAUGAUCUAGAAUUAUACCUGAUACUCAUCAUCACUGGGUCUCAAAUAUUGUCUGUAUGUAUGAAUUCACCAUUUUGUAAGGACCUACAAAUGUUGAGGACUUGUACAGAUAUUUUAUUAACAAGCUGUGAAGGUUUCAUUUAUACGCACACUUUACUGUGAAAUAUUAACUUCUGCAGCUUCGCUAAGGAGACAGGAAUGAAUGUCGUCUUAGUAAUUGUGACAAAUAUUUACUCCUCAUAAAUAAGUCAAAUAACUGCUCAGUUUGGAUUCUGACAGAUCGACUUGGUUCCAGAUCUCUUUGCAAUCUGUGGUUUCAGAUGAGGACAGAAGCAGAAUACUCAAGGAGAAUGGGAAGUAUUUUUCUUUGUCAACAAGGCAACAUGCGAGUUUGUAUUUUUUUUUACUUCCUCACGGAUGUAUGCACUGAUGGCAAGACUGAUAUUUACUGCCUCUUCCCAAAUACCUUUGAGAUGUUGGUGUCUUCUUCACCCAUUAUAGUUCCAUGCAUUGAAGAUUUACUCAGAGUGCUGUUUAGAAGUAAGCCGCAGGCAUUUGUCAAUAUGUAUGAGAUAAUUAUUGUCUAAGCCAAUGAUGCUACCCCCUCAUUGGUCAGCAACUUCAGAGCAUACACGUUCGAAAGCCUUUUUUGCAUAAAUAUACUUUAUGAUAGUUUUUGUUUUUAUUCAAACGAGUCAAUCGGUCAAUCCAAAAAGGUGGGGUAACAAAAGAAAAACCCUAACAAAUGAACAGUCACGAAGAUGUGGUCCAGCAAGUUUUAAGAUUAUUAGAUCAGCCACUACAAUUUAAAACCACAGGAAAUCACAGAAUGACAGAAAGAGGCCACUCAGCCCAUCAGGUCUGCACCAGCUCUCUGAGUAUUUCAGCCAGUGCCAUUCUUCUGCCUUUUCCCUCCAACCCCACACAUUCUUCCUUUUCAGAUAACAAUCUGAAAUUGUCUUUUAAAUGUCUCGAUUGAGCCUCCCUCCACCAGACUGUCAGGUAAUGCAUUCUAAACUGUAACCACUCUCUGCAUGAAAACAUUUUCCUCAUUUUGCUGUUUGUUUGGCCAAUCAAUUUAAAUCUGUUCCCUGUGGUCCUCAGUCCUCUCAAGUGGGAGGAGCUUCUCCCUGUCUGCUUUGUCUACUCCUACUGACCUUCAAUAAUUUCGAAUACCUCUCUAACAUCUCCUUGUAGCUAUCUCUUCUCUGAGUCAAGAAGUCUGAAAAACUCCAUUCCUUCCAAAAACUGAAGUUCCGCAUGGCUGGAAUUAUUCUCAUUAAUCCUUUACACACUUCUGAGGUGUUCACAUCUUUCCUUGAGUGUGACACCUAGAAUUGGACGUGAAACCAAAACUGAGGCUGAACUAGUAUCUCAUCCAAGUUCAAAUAACUAUUUUGCUCUUGUCCUCCUUGUCCCUACUGUUUAAGCCCAGGACACUGAAUACUUUAUUAACUACUCUGUCCAGCUCCCGUCAAUGAUUAAUGCACCUAUCUACCCAGGUUCCUCUGCUCCUGUACUGUUUAUGUUGUAUCCAGAUUCUUCCUAUGAAAACGAGUUACCUCAAAUAUCUCUGCAUUGAACUUCAUUUGCCAUCUGCCUACCCACUCUCCCAACUUAUCUAUGUCCUUUCAAAGAUCUAUACUAUCUUUCUCAUGUUUGUAAUGUUUCCAAGGUUUAUAACACUUGCAUAAUUUGAAAUUGUUUUGAGCCUGCUGGAUAUCUUGUUUAUUAAGAGAAGAUCAUCAGCAUUCCAAUGGAACAUUGAGACAUUACAAGAGCAUAAGGUUUUUAGUGGGCACCAAAUUUAAUUAAUAUUUAAUUCCAUGCUUUUUAAUAGGAAAAUAAAUUGCCUGACUUUUAAGAAGUGAUCGAUGUAAAUUAUAGCUCUUUUUGAAGUUUGUUAACUCCCAUGACAGCAUUUUUUAAAUUCAUGCAUUCUCAAAAUGACUUUGUCUAUU